GACAUAGACGAGCUGGAAUAAAUGAAGAGGCAGAUAGUGUUUAGAGAUCGGUUGGAGGGCAGAAUUCUGAUAGUAGUAUUUAACUUUUAAGUUAACGGUAGCUGUUAUGUUUAUAGAGGAUAAAUAGUAAUAUAUAUGUAAGGACAAGCAUAUUAUUAAAUUACGUUAAUGAGCAAACGUUAAUGUAUUUUAUAGUUGUGCACAGCUGAUGUUACUAAGUCACUCUGCCAGCCCCAGUAUCAAGUAAUGUGUUUACAUCAACUGAUCAAGUUCAGAUUCUGGGAUGUUGCAGUCAGCAUAAUUCAGGAAGGAACCACAACCAAAUUUUGUAGAAGAUGCAUUAUAAUGGAACAAUGAGAAUGCUGUAUUCCUUGAGAUGGUCUGUUGAAAAAGUAUGGUCACUAGCAUAAUAAAAUCCACAGUUGCGUGUAUAACAUUGUCAAGUUGCUAGGCUGGCUAGUGAUAGUAUGGCAGUAAUGUGGAGAAGAGCUGUUGUAUUGCUGGUAUUGGUCAUUGCUGUCCUUCAAAUAAUUCACAUGACUUUACUUAGCCGAUUAGAAGCUAGAAAAAAUGGCCAGCAGCGAACUCGUACUCACCAUAACUGGGAUGACAGUGGAAAAGACUACCAAGAGUUUGAAAUACAAGAAGAUAGGGCUCAGAUGCUGAAGACAAUACAACAGAGUAGUGUACUUGACAGUAGUGGAGAGUUUCGUAUUGUUAACUUUUUGAUUCAUGCAGAAUUUUCUCACCAAGGCAGUCAAGUCAAACAAGAUGUGAGUAUUGUAACACAGGCAACAGUAAAUCAUCUGCAUUAUUUAAGCACUAUUAGUGAGAGGUGGCAUGGUCCCAUAUCUGUAGUGGUUUUCUCCCUAACUCAAGAUAUUCCUAGAACAGUAGAAGGUAUUCUCCACUUACGUCAGUGUUUUCCAGCAGUACGAUACAAUACCAGCUUCCAUCUAGUCUAUCCCCUUAAUAAUCCACAACCAGAAUCAUCCUUACUACCCCAAUUUAAUGUCCUACAGUUUGGUACAUGUGAGGAUUUGUUGGAAAAGUUGAAAGCUGUUAACAUUGCUGAAAAUUAUGCUCAUGGUGUACCAUAUCCAAACAAUUUAUUAAGAAAUGUGGGAAGAAGAAAUGCAUUAACCGAGUUUAUUUUUGUGAUUGACAUAGACUUGGUUCCAAGUGAUCAUCUUCAUGAAGAUUUUCAGGUUUUUGCCAAAGAGAACAGGUUAUUUCUAGAAUCUCACAAAGAUGACAAAACUGUGUACGUAGUUCCAGCUUUUGAACUCAAAGAAGGAGCAGCAAUUCCAAAACAGAAGACUGAACUACUUCAGCUUUUGGAAUUAAUGGAAGCUAGACCAUUUUAUUUUGAAUUGUGCUGGAAAUGUCAGAAGCACACAGACUAUGAAGCAUGGCAGCGAGAACCACCUACAUCUAAACUGGCUGUCCUCUUUGAAGUUUUGUGGAGAGAUCCAUGGGAGCCCUUUUACAUUGCUAGGAACAGUGUACCUUUGUAUGACGAGCGUUUUCGACAAUAUGGUUUCAACAGAAUCAGUCAAGUGUGCGAGCAGCACGUGGCAGGAUACAAGUUCUCCGUUUUAAACAAUGCCUUCGUGAUACACGAGGGCUUGAAGACUCCUAGCUCCUUCCACAAAGACAAGGACAUGGACCAGGAACGCAACAGGAUUCUCUUUCGACACUUCAAAGCCGAGUUGAAGGACAAAUACCCCGACUCUUCCCGAAGAUGCUACUGAAGAACCAAUGCCCUCGAUGUUAAGUGUGGACCAGAUAUGGAGUUUGAAUAAGGAGAACGUUUUGUCAUAUCACCAUUUUCUGGCCAAAUCCAUGGAUUUCUAGCUACCUUGCGCAUCUUGUUAAAACGAUUGGCAUUGCCUCAGAAACUCCAUAGUAUAACUACAUCCUAACAAAAUGGCUGACUGAUUCUCAAGACCUUUGUUAUCAGUGUAACAGUAAUUAUAGGUCUUCAUCUCUGUAGUGUACCAUUACAUAGAUAGUGUUAAUGUUGAAUGCUAAAUUCACUCUUCGAAGAUAAGCUGUCUUAAAAUCCUUGCUGUUUAUACUGUAGUUGUGCAGACUGAUAUCUGAAUGAUUGGUAGGAGGAUAGAGAUUAGUAACUCAAUACUUGGAAGAUACAGUUGUAUUUGUAAGCCUACACCUUGGAAAGAUCGCACUCAAUGGAGCUUUAGUGAAUGAGUAGGUUUAACACAACUGAAAUCUUUCGAGACAAGUGACCAACCACAAAAAUGAACGGUUUGUCAUUCUGUAGAAAGGAGUUGAAUUGUGCUAUAAAAGAUGAAAGAACAGCGUGGGCUGAUGUCGGUUAUAAUUAAAAAAGUCUACUGUGUAUCUAAAGAAGGGCAGUUUAGGUGUUGACUGUUACUGUCGGAAGUGAAAACUAUUCAAAUAUGUUGUAUUACAUUCUGAAGGAGAAGAUACGUGUGUUUAAACAAAAGAAAAUAUUGUGGCUUCAUUAAACUGGUUAUCUUCAGUAACUGUUCAAAUGAAUUAAAUACAUGUGAAAUUCGAUGUAAAACAAAUUACAGUAACACAGUGGUUCUCAAACUUUUUUGUCUGCGGGCCACUUCAUCGAGGCAAAAGACCACUCGGACCACCUACCGGUCCUACCCUACCCUACCCACUUUCGCUUGCCACCGCAAAUAUAUAUAAUCAUCAGGGACUUUCAUUUUGGGCUAGUCUGCAGACCACACUUUGAGAACCACUGCUGUAACAUAUCUUUAAUUCUGCUCAAGGAAUUACGUUAAGAGUUCCCCGAGGUAAACAAGAAAACUGUUAGAAUCUUUGCUAAUGUAAACUUUAAACGAAAAUGGAUGUGCUUUUAGCAUAGUAAAAGGAAUAUCAUGUAUAUUUUAUUUUUUGUUUGUUACAGUGCUGUGUAAAAUUACCUUUUUUAAAGCUAAAAUGUCUGCAUUAAAACAAAAGACAAGUUGUAAUUUCAGCAGUAUUAAUACUAGGUUCUCUCUUCAAGUCGUGACACUAAGAUUUUAUAACGGUACUGAAUUACAUACAGUUGUUUUAAUCUAUUCUGCAGUAUAAACAUUCGGAAAAAAAUUGGCUAUUUUAAUUUAGAUAUCAAGCACAACUUCGUGCACUUAUUGCACAAAAAUGUCAACGAUAUUCAAGAACUUUCUUAAUCGCAUAUGAAGCAUGUCGUUACAUAUAUUAACAAUCCAGUAUCGUCACAGUGAAAAUCUAUGAAUCAGAUUUAUAGAAAGUAAACCUUCCAUUUUGAUUAGUAUUGGAGCCCAGAAAGGUUCGAGAGGAAGCAAGAGUGAAAAUGAACAGUAAACUGCAACUUGAUAAUAAAAACAAGAAGGAAAGUUGAGAACUAGGAGUACACCUAGAUACACGUGUGUGUGUGUGUGUUUAUAUCGUUAAUCUGCGAUAGUGAUCUCUGUUUCGUUGUAGAUUCUCUCUGGGCCAUUAAAAAAAUACAAGUUUUUCUAAUGAAAUGUAUAGCUGAACUUUUCUUUUCAGUUCCUGUUUCUUGAUGUGUUGUACCUUAAAAGCUAUUUUAUCCAGAUAUAAUAUUGCUCGAAUAUAUGUUUUUUUGUCGACCUAGCAUCUAUUAAAAUACUGUUGUGUGCUGAAAUCUUCUUAUACGAGUCAAACUUUACAAUAGUAAUUACUGUUCUUUAUGAGCUAAACGGCGUAAUUUUUGCUUUAUAUUCUAAAACUGUAGGAUGUAUUAAUUUGUCACAUAAAUAUAUUGGUUUUGCUUAAGGAUACACAUGUAAAUCUCCUAUAUAAAAGGCCAGUCUGUUAUAUAUACAUAUGUGUGUGUGUGGUUACACACACAUAUAUAUAAUAUACAUCUGUAUCUGUGUGUGUUUGUUAAGUGUUCGUGUGUUUAUUAUGUAUUAAAAUAUUAAAACAAUUUCUAUUUAUCCAAAGAAACAAUUUUUGAAUGAACCUGGUUCAACUUAUCACAUGAUUCAAUCUCUGAUAAAGACUGAUGUGUGUAUUGGAAGGAUGUUUGGUAUUAACUAGAUACGUACGUUUGGGGAAAUUUUAACAGAGACAAUGGAGUUUUAUAGGAUUUAUGAUAAAAAGAGAGAUUGAAAACAUCAGUGUGACGGGAAAAAUCCCAGGCAAGAAAAGUAACGGAAGACAAAGACAGAUGCUGCUAUCAACAAUUGCCAAGGAAUUUGUUUGAAUUACCACUACAGAAAUGAUGAGAGCAGGGAUCAGUGGAGGACCAUACUCACCAACGCCCUAGAUGGGCAUGGUACCUGGAGAGAGAUGUAAAUUAGACCAUAACUGUGAAUAAUAAAUUAAAGAAAUACAGCUUGAGAGAAAUGGAAUAGUUCCAGAGUUGUUUCAUUUAUGCGUGUUGAAAUAAACAUAAAAUUACCUAUAUUCGUAUAUGUUAAUGAAACCGUUAAAUAUAUCAUUUUUUUUGUGAUCAAAUGUUGUUUUUUCUCGAGAAUCAAUAUAAUUGUAUUUCGUGGUAUUUUUUUUAGAUGUUUCGAUUUUUGUGACUUUAAUUUACAGCAUAACAAAAUAAGAUAGAACAGUUUAGAAGUAGGAUCUAUAAUUUCAACCAUUUUUUUAGAUCAAUAUAACAAACGUAUACUAAAGAUUUUGGACAAAUAUGUGAAAGCUGUUGAUAUAACAUCGCAUUAAAAUAAAACGGCAGUUUUUUAAUUUCAUCCACAUACGUUAUUUUCCCUACGAUUUAGGAAAUUUAAUCUUAAAGUUAUAACAGUUUAAAAGUAGUGGUUCUCAGUAUUGUGCACGUUAAACGAAAUUACGCAUUUAAGGAUUUUUGAAUACCUUGUGUAAUUAGGCUUGGCUAAUGAAGAGAAGUAAACUCGAAUAAAUAGUGAGUUUGAUUUGAUCCGUUUUUGUUAUUUUUGUCAUAGCGCGCGCGAAUGUGUGUGGAAAAUAUUAACAUUGUUAACCUGUCAUUUAAAUAUGUAAGAAUGGUGCUGAUUUAUCUUAUCCACAGAAAUCCUUUGAAGGUUUGAAAAUUUUUUUUUGUUCUUCUGUAAUGUUCUUGUAAAUAUCCAUACAUAUUUUAAAAGUCUGUGUAUUGAAACGAGCUAAGUUUUAUAGUUAAGAAAGUAUGCCAAUUUUUCUUAUUAUUGAAAUAUAAGCUUAUUAUAUAUAUAUAAAAAAAGCGUUUAGCUGUUUUCUAAUUGCAUAUUUUUCAAAUAUAAACGUAUUUAUGUGUAUAUUGAAGUCAGCUUUUUUGUAUCAGAUUUAUUUUUAAGUUCGCUGUUUUAGUCACUUAUUGUAUUUUUUUUCACUGGAUUUUUUUAUGAAGUUAUCGAUAGCUUUAUUGUUCUUUAUUACAGAAAUGAGUUAGAUUUUGUGUAAUAAGCCGUUUUCUGUAGACACUUACUAUUACGGGUUGUUGAUUUUUUUUAAGUAUGUGAGUAUUAAGAAAAACACUGCUAUGGUAAAAGCCUCACACUAGCACAGCAGUAUGUCUGCGGACUUGCAACGCUAGAAACCGGAUUUCGAUACCCGUGGUGGGCAGAGCACACAGCCCAUUGUGUAGCUUUGUGCCUAACUUCAAAACAAAGAAACGAGCUAUGGUAAAAAUAAUUAUAUAAUACCGGUAAUGUAAUUUCAAGCUAUAAACAUACGAUGUCGAGUAAUUGAAGUUAGGUUUUAUAAAAUGAAUUCACCAAGAAAGGCUUUUCUAAUAUAUAUAUAUAUAUAUAUAUCUUAAUGAAUUAAUGGUGUCUAAACACUACUGCUCUGAGUACCUUUAUACAAAGGUACCACAAUAAAAAAAAACAAAAACUUUAACUCGACGGCUUUCGAAAAGUAGACUUUCCGGAAACACUCGGCUUAAUAAUAGUUUUUUGUUGUUCAUCCGGAAACACUCGGCUUAAUACUAGUUUAUUGUUGUUCAUAAAAUAUUUACGUGCCAUCUUAGGUUUUAUUUUUUGUUUGACCUAAGUAUUUUUUAUAUAACAGUUUAUUUAUUCAGCUUAAGUAUUAGUAAUAACCAUUAGGGACUGUUCUGUGAUUUACUGUUACCCAGUGUGUGCCAUAGUUAGAUCAUGUAUUGCUAAUCUUUUCACAUCUCAAGUGUAACAUGUAUAAAGUGUAUCAAAUAAACAGUCAACUUAAUCUA